CUGUCCCCUCUCUCUCUCUCUCUAAAAACAACAAAACCCAAAAAACAAAAAGGGGAAAAAAUAAAGAAAAGGAAAAAAAAAAAAAGAAACCUACCAAGAGGGGAGUAACCACAAACCCCUCCUACACUGUUCUUCUUCUUCGUCUCCUCGAUCCUCCUAAAACACUGAACCUUAACCCUAACCCUAACCCUAGUUCCCGCCCUCUAGGGUUUCCGGUGGUCUGCUACUCCUCUCCUCGGCCAUGCCGGAUCUCAGCAACCUCGUCCUCCCCCACUUCCCCGAGCUCCGCCCCUGCGGCGGCGCCUCCUCCGCCCCCGACGCCGCCGCCAUUGUCGCUGUCGCCGCCGAUGCAGAUGCCGACGCCGAGGCGGAUGCGGACGCGGACGCGGACGGGGACGCCGAGGGUCUCGACAUCCGGUGGAGGCGGCGCCUCAGGUUCCCGAUCUCGGCCGGGGGGACGUGCUCGGUGGUGAGGAGGGAACGGCGGGGGAGCAAGAAGGGCGCCGCGGGGAGGUCGCUUGCGGAUCAUGUUAGGGAUUGGGUGGAGAAGAAGGUGGCUUCGGGGGUUCCGGAGAAGGAGUGCUUCUUGCCCUUUCUCACCAACUCCCCUAGAAUGGUUGAAUGCCGUUUGUGCUCUAAAGUUAUCUACCCUCGUGAAGAGGUGCAAUGUUCAAUUUCUGGUUGUCAGGGGACCUUCCAUCAGACUUGUGCGAAGUCAAAAGGUGGACUCUCUAAACCUUUCAAGUGCCCUCAACAUGGUUGUUUCAUUUGUAAACACAAAGGAUUUUGGCGUUGUGUACGGUGUAUAGUUGCAGCCCAUAAAAAAUGUGCACCAUGGCCAGAUAACUUCGUUCCUAUAAAAAAUCAGCCACGGCGAGCAGUUUGUUGGAGACAUCCUGCUGAUUGGCUACUGGAAAAGGAGAACGCAGAUCAGACGAGUGAUGUAGAGGAAGCUUUUAACCGCUUACCUCUUCCAUACAUCAAUGAAGAGUUCAGCAUUGGUGCCAUCUUGAAUGAUGUUACAGAGAACAAAGCUGAGCCAUCUCCAUAUGUACAUAUUAAGCGCAAUGUAUAUUUAGUUAAGAAGAAACGUAAUGGUGCUGAUGCUGGUGUUGGAUGCACAAAUUGCCAUCCUGAUUCAACAUGCAAAGAUGAUUGUGAAUGCAGGGGUCUUUCAAUAAGCUGUUCCAAGGCCUGCCAUUGCUCAGAUAUGUGCAAAAACAAGCCGUUUCGAAAAGAGAAGAAGAUUAAAGUUGUUAAGACUGAAAAUUGUGGAUGGGGGGUCGUUGCAUUAGAGAGUAUUGACAAGGGCGAUUUUGUGAUAGAGUACAUUGGAGAAGUUAUUGAUGAUGCUACGUGUGAACAAAGGCUUUGGGACAUGAAAUUCCGUGGUGAUCAGAAAUUCUACAUGUGUGAGAUUAGCAAAGACUUCACAAUUGAUGCAACAUUUAAAGGAAAUGCCUCACGCUUUUUAAACCACAGUUGCAACCCAAAUUGUAAACUAGAGAAGUGGCAAGUUGAUGGGGAGACGCGCGUUGGUAUUUUCGCUUCUCGUUCCAUAGAAGUUGGUGAGCCCCUGACAUAUGAUUACAGGUUUGUGCUGUUCGGCUCCACAGUUAAGUGCUGCUGUGGGGCUUCGAACUGCCAAGGAUAUCUCGGGACCAAAAAGAAGGUAACUCCAGUAGUUUGCCGCUGGGGGUGCAAAAGAAAGAGAACCUCAAUGAUUUUUGUGCCAAACAAGCACACUGAGCAUCCAGUUUUGUCCUGUUUGCGAGAAGUUUCUGUAGCACCCAAUGACAAGGGAAAAGAGAAAGUGGUUACUGUGGGACUCGUAUGACAGUAAGCGAUUCCAGUUUUUUUCAGGAUGAAUUUAGAUCGUCUAAUGUGCAAAUCGGUUUAUCCCGAAGCUUAUACCAGCAAGGUUGGUCGUAAGGUAUGAUGAUACUUUGCUCCUGCCUCUUUCCUUCUGCAUUUCUCUUCCACGAUCUCCGCAGUUCUUUAUUAGUUGGUGGCCAAAGGUAAAAUUUGAUUAUCAUUGGCAAGUUUUCUUUUUCUGCGCUCGGUCGGCGAAUUGUGUAUCAGAGUUAUCUACACACGCAUUCAUUCAGAGCAAUUCAUUCCAACGCUGCUUCCGUGGCCAUUGUUGUAACAUUGUUGUAUCCAUUCGAUUUCAGUGUAUAGUUUGUAUUUGAUCUUAAAUAUGAAGCCGUUGAAUCGAAAUUCUCUUCUGAAUGUCC